AUGAGCCACAGGAAGUUCAGGAAAACGAUCGUCUCUGUAGAGCUCAUAAAGUUCAUGUGCCACGACCAUCUGCUUAUCAGCUUGAGGAAGCCUCUGACAAUAGUGUCAGGAUGCAAUGGAUCUGGGAAAAGCGCAAUAAUGGUGGCGAUUGGAUUGGUUUUUGGACAGCGAGCGUCUCAUCUUGAGCGCGGGAGCAGUUUCAAGGAUCUGAUAAAGAGUAAAGAGUCGAAUGCAGCAGUAAGGAUUGUGCUGGAAAACCACAGAGGGUUCAGGAAGGAGUUUUUCGGGGAAACGAUCAUCAUUGAGAAGAGGAUUGGAAUGAAGUCAGCAACAACCAGCAUUAUGAAUGGAGAAAGGAGGGUUUGGUCCACGAGGAGGGAGGAUUUGGAGACGGUUUUGGAGUUCUUUGCAUUGAGAUUUGAGAAUCCACUGAACUUUCUCACACAGGAACAGGCCAAGAGAUUUCUGAGCACAAUGGAUCCUGAGAUGCUCUAUGAGCUGUUUAUGCAGGGGACAGAGAUAGCUGAAAUAUGCAGACUGAAUAGCGAGUCCAUGAGUAAUGUAGAGGCGAUGAGAAGAAGAAUAAGUCUUGUUGCAGAGGAGCUGGAUGGUAUUGAGAAGCGAAUCAAGGACGAGGAGGGCGUUCUGGAUGCCAUCAACAAUGCCAAGGACAUGGAGAAGACGAUUCUCUGUCUGGAGGAUGAAAUGGUAUGGGCAAGGGUGAAUGAGAAGAGGAUGCAGAUGGAGAAGUGCUUUGAAAGAUUCCGAGACAAGCAGGAGGAAAUGGACAAGUACAGCGAAAGGCUGGAGGAGCUAUCUCAAGCGAUCGGGGAAGCUCGGAAAAGGAUGAAUAGCAUUGAGGCUGAGGAAGGAGAAAGGAAGAGAAACGGAGAUAGAAGAAGUGAGGAGAUUGAUGGGAUGAUCAGCAGGCUAAGGAUGAGGCGCAGAGAAAUAUGUAACGAUAGCGAGGAGCUGAAGGAGGCAAGAGACUUCAAGAAAAAAAUUGUUUCUGAUUUUGAGAAGCAGGACGGAACUGUGAAAAGCCUGCUUCCUCAACUUGAAGACAAGCACAAGAGAAUUGCUUCUGAAGUGGAGACUCUUCAAGGGGUGCUUGAAAGGCUUGGGGAUGAAAGCAGAGAAUGUAGAGAGAAAGCGAAGGUGGAGGAGGAAGCGGCUUCUGAGCGAGAGGGUCGGAUUCUUCAUCUUAGGAAGCAGAUUGAGUUUUACUCCAAGAAUGAUCAGAACAGCUUUUUUGGACCUAGCUUUCCUGCUGCAAUGGAUGAGAUUUCGAGAACCAAAUUUAACGGGGAGGUUGUCGGGCCCAUUGCAUUCGAGGUAAAGGUCAAGGAAGAGAGAUGGAGCAAGGCCAUCAGCAUUGUACUGAACAACUCGCUGUCCACCUUUAUUGUAACGAAUAGAGUAGACAAGGAUGCUCUACUCAGGAUCUUUAGAAGACACAAGGUCGAUUUCCCGAUUUCGACGCUCUCAAGCAGGGUUCCUGAAGUCAUAAAGUACAAGGCAAAUCCGAGGUACACAAGUGUGCUUGAUGCCCUAGAGGUGAAGAACCCGUUUGUCAUGAACUAUCUAAUAAUAACAACAUCUAUUGAACAGACGAUCUUGGUCGAGAGUAGAAAGGAAGCAUACGAGAUAAUAAGAUCAAGGCCUGCGUUUGUAGAAUGUGCAUAUACAAGGAAUGGAGACAAGAUAAGGCUCGUUGGAGGGAGCAUGUCUGAUUUUGUUACAAGGGGCGUGGACAGGUUCUACUUUGAGAAUGCCCACGAGAAGCUGGAAAGAUGCCGUGCUGAGAUGAAAAGGCUUGCGGAGGAGAGGGUUGAGAGGAGGUGGGAAAGAAGGCUGAAGGAAAUAAAGAAUGAAAUGGACAAGGUGAGUGAAGAUAUAGAAUCUCGGAACAGGAUGCAGAAGGCAUUGAGGGUUGAGAUGGAUCAUGAAAGACACAUACACGAUACACAGAUGGAGAUUAUGAAGAAUGACGAUCUUUAUGAAGAAAUAAGGAGCCUUACGCACCAGAUUUCCCUGCUAGAGAAAAAGCAGAGCGAGAUCAGUGAAGAGAUUGAGGUUUUGGAACGGGAGAAAAAAGAGAUCAGGGAAUACAAGGGGGCUGGCACCGGCAGGCUAAGGCAAGAGAUCUCUAGAAACACUGCAGAGGCCUCUGAGGUUAGGAGAAGAAUAGACAUGUGGCGGACGGAUAUCCUCAAGCUGAAGGAAGAGCAUCAGAAACAGGUUGAACUCUACAACUCUGAAAAGUCAUUGGCUCUGGAGAGCGGGAAGAAAGAAAUGGAGGCGAGAGCAGAAGAUGAAAUAAAAAGGGAGAUAGCUUAUAUAAAGGCACAGGCGGAGAUGUGCAGGGGAAUUGGUGACGAGGAGAAAGCUCUAGGUACAUUGGAGCAUCUGAAGAGGAUGAGGAGAGGAAAGGAGGAUCUUCUCCGUGAAUACGACGAGAAGAUAAGAACUGCACUGGAGGGCAUUGAGUCGAGAAUAGUCAAAAGAGAUUCCAUGAGAAAUGAGAUUGCUAGAAGGGCUGCUGAGGAGUUUUCCAGGUUGACGAAGGCCAGGGGAUACGAGGGAGCCCUGGAGUUCGACCAUCAGAAGAAGAGGCUGGAUGUCCAGCUAAGGGUCCACGGACAGUCUGAGGUGGGGUCCAGAAGCAUGUUGUCCGGGGGAGAGAGGUCUUUUGCUAGUGUCUCACUACUUUUGUCUCUGUGGCCUUCUCUUUCAUGCCCCAUCAAGGUCCUCGACGAAUUCGAUGUGUUCAUGGACAAUCUAAAUAGGAAGCAUGCAAUAAGACAGCUCUUGGGCUUUUUCAAAGAGAAUGGGUUUCAAGGUAUCCUAAUAACUCCCUUGAGCAUAGAGGAUCUUUUUGAGGACUUUUGCGAUGUUGUUGUGUUGGAUAAGGCUGGUAGAGACGAGCACAUAGAAAGAUGA